AUGAUAGGCCCUCCCCCUUUAACCGGCAUUAGAGUGUUGGAAUUCGCUGGUCUUGCUCCUGGUCCAUAUGCUGGUAUGCUUCUUGCAGAUGCUGGUGCCUCAGUUCUUCGCAUUGACCGUGCAUCGCCUGGUACGUCUGCACCAACAGAGGAUAUGCUGGCUCGGCACAAAGCAUCCAUAACAGUAGAUCUAAAGUCAGAGCUCGGUGUAGCUCUUAUAAAACGCCUGGUCACACAUGUGGAUGUUCUUAUAGACCCGUUCCGUCCUGGAGUUCUUGAAAAACUAGGGCUAGGCCCAGACGUGCUGUGCGAUCUGAACAAGAGACUCAUUUACGGCAGGAUGACUGGUUUCCGUCGCGACGGAAAGUAUGCAUUCAUGGCAGGACAUGAUAUCAACUAUCUUUCUGUCUCUGGAGCUCUUGGGAUGCUUGGAAGGGAGGGCGAGAAACCACAUCCUCCAAUGAAUAUUCUUGCUGACUUUGCUGGUGGAGGUGCUAUACUAUUCCAAGGAAUUCUGAUGGCUGUCAUAUCUAGACAGUCAUCUGGACAUGGGCAAGUUGUUGAGGCCAACAUGGUCGACGGAAGCUCGCAUUUAACAACCUUUCCGCGUAUGGGGCUCAAGACACCAGUGGGCAACAAAGACAGGGGAACGAAUCUCUUGGAUGGAGGAGCUCCCUUUUACGACACCUAUGAAACAUCAGAUGCAAAGUACAUGGCCGUUGGCGCUCUUGAACCGCAAUUCUUCUCAGCCCUCUUACAAGGCCUGGGAUUCGCGAAACAAGGCUGGGAAGAGAAUCAGCAGGAUAGAACACGAUGGCCUGAACUGCGGAAAUUGAUGACCGAAACGUUUCGCAGAAAAACUCGCAGUGAAUGGGAGGCGAUCUUUGACGGCACAGAUGCAUGCUGCACUCCUGUACUGGAAUAUCCUGAACUCGAGACGAACUCUGAUCGGGAGGGUGAUCAGCGGCCGGCCGUUACGUUGCGGGAAACGCCAUGUUUAGCGGUGAAGGAGAGUGUAGGGUCCUUCGAUCCGGUUCGAUUUGGACAAGGUCCCGGUGUGCCUGGAGAUGGAUACAAAGCGAACUUGCUGAGACCAGGAGCAGGGGGAGAGGAAGUGCUAAAGCAAUGGAUGGGGUGGGAGAAUGGAAAAGAGUAUACACUGUAUCAAGGCGGUUUUGUACUGAAGGAGAUGUCCAAGUUGUGA